GCUAUAAUGUGGACAAACCAUCAAGCGAAGACAGGUCUUUGUUCUUUGACCGUUUGAUUGAAGCUGCUCUCUCAGUCAUUUCAGGCUUAAACGGCAAAUCUGAUGGACGACAAUCCCUCCCAGAACUUCCCAAGGUUCCAAAAGAACCUACUGGUCCAAAACCCGCAGAAAUAAAAGCCAAAGUGGAAGCUGAGCAGCAUGCCCUUCGACGAUUGCGUAUGUGUCUCAGAGAUGUUUGCAAUAGGAUACUAUAUGAUAAAAGAUUCAAUGCAUUUCACUUCCCAGUUACUGACGAGGAUGCUCCGAACUACCGCUCAAUAAUUCAAAAUCCAAUGGAUACGGCUACUCUGCUGCAGCGUGUCGAUUCUGGGCAGUAUCUAACAUGUUCACCGUUCUUGCAAGAUGUUGAUCUCAUUGUGAGAAAUGCCAAGGCUUACAAUGGAGAUGAUUAUGCUGGAGCAAGAAUUGUCAGUCGAGCCAAUGAGCUUCGAGAUGUAGUGCAUGGGAUGCUGUCACAGAUGGACCCAGCACUGCUAACAUAUUGUGAUAAGAUUUCCGCUGAAGGUGGUCCUUCACAGAUACCAGAUGAUUUGGGUGGAUCGAUCCUUGGUUUAGCUCCUGUUGUGCAGAUGGGAACUGUUACUAGAACCAGUGCCCGACUUCGAAAUGUGCAGCCAGAGAUUAAUUUAGAUCGAGAUUAUGAAGGUCUUAAAAAGCCCAAGAAAACCGUGGAUACUGUCUGUACAGAUUCAGCUGCAGACAGAGUACAACACCAAGAUUCAGACCAAGAAAUGCCAUGUCAGGAAGCGACCAACUCAAAUUCAUCAGCUCCUUCAGCAGAUGGUGAUAAAGAAGACCAAAGCGAGCAGCCAAGAAAAGAGGAGGGUCCUGGGGAAGAAGUAAGUGGUGAUUGUUCCCGCGAUUCUGCUAAGCCGGAUGAAGAAAUAUCAAAGCGAAUAGAAAUCGUAAAGGUACUACUCAUGGAGCGCACUGACAAGUACAACAUUCCGCAGAUGGAGAGGCUUUACACCCGAAUCAUGAAGGGUGUUCUUGAGACUUUGGACAAAGGGCUUCGUGAUGAUGACAACAACCCUAAGCAUUCAAUUUUGAGAUUUUUGUCGGAAUUCGCUCAGCAUGAGGCGAAUUUCUGAGGCUUAAACUUUCUCUGAUCGGUCGAUAGGUUAGAUUUUCCCCAAAAAAAAAAGAAAAAAAGGAAUGAAAGAAGAAAUUUUUUUUUUUUGUUUUUUCUUGUUUUUUUUUUUUAAGAUCCGGAUUUUUCUUUGACUGAAAAGUAGUUUAUCUGUAGGAUCCUCUUGUAAAGUCGAACUUGCACCUUUGAAUCUAAAAACAGGCUUAAGAGCCAUAAAAGAAACAAAAGAUGAACGAUAUUUUAGUGA